CGCGCGACACGCUCGCGCGCCGCGCGCUCAACCCCGAAAUGUCCUCCGGAGUCAUGACGGACGAACCUUACCGUCUCGGCGUCCGUCUCCUCUCGAUCGAGGCCGGCGGCGGGAACGUCUACUGCGACUUCAGCGUCGACGGCGGCGAGGUCGUCAAGUCCAACGUCGCGGUCAAGGGCAAGUGCCUCGAGUGGGAGUGCAACCACUCGCUCUGGGUCGCGGACCCGACGACCGCGACGCUCCUCGUGAAGAUCCGCGCCGCGCCGCAGAUGAUCCCGCGCGUCUCCUCCGGACCGGGCGGCGUCGUGCAGCCCCCGAGCAAGGGGAAGGUGCUCGGGACGAUCGUGAUCUGCGUCGACGAGCACGUGUGGAAGCCCGGGGACCCGUUCCCCAAGGCGCGGUGGUUCGAGGUGACGGGCACGGAGAUUCGGAAAGCCGUCCGCAUGCAGCUCGUGUGCCGCAAAGCGCCGCCGGCGUCGGACGUCGCGGCGAACGAGCUCAAGGUUCUCGUCGGGACGUGGAACGUCGGGAACGCGCACCCGGCGGCGGACCUCACGUCCUGGCUCGACGUCGGCUUGGGGCCCGAGCACUCGAAAGCGGUGGCGUCCAGAUGGGGCCCGGACGCGGAGUGGCCGGCGACGGAAAAGUUCGACGCCGAGCUCGACGACUGCGUUCCCACGAAGUUUGGGACGUACGACAUGAUCGUCGUGGGGUGCCAGGAGGGGGAUUACAAAGCCAGGCCGGGGUUCGACGGCAUCGACGAGGACUGGUUCUCGGUGCUCGCGGACGCGGUCGGCGACUCGUACUCGUUGCAGUGCGUCAACGUGUUGGGGCAGAUGCGCAUCGCGGCUUUCGUGCGCGUCGACGCCGCGCCGGCGUUCCACUUCUGGCAGAAGUCCACGGAAGCGACCGGGAUCGGGCACAUCAUGAACAACAAGGGCGGCGUCGGGAUCGCGUGCCGCGCGUGGGACACGACGCUGUGCUUCGUCAACUCGCACCUCGCCGCGCACGACGACAUGGCGUCGCGAAGAGACGACGACUUCGCGGAGAUCGUCGCCGGGUGCAAGUUUGGCGAGAAGCUCGAGUGCGUGCAGGCGUUUCAUCACGUCGUGUGGAUGGGCGACCUGAACUACCGGUGCGAGUACGGCUUGGACGGGUCGGAGAAGAAGUUGGAUCGAAAACCGACGGAGAAACGCGUGGACGACAUGAUCGCCAAGAUCGGCUCCGAGGACGACCCCAACGGCGCGGCCGCGCGCGCGGAGGUGUUCGAGACGGACCAGCUCACGCGCUCGCGUCUGAACGGCGACGCGUUUCUCGGGUUCAGCGAGGGAGACCCCGCGAAGUCGCACAUGCCGACGUUUAAGAUGCUACGAGAGCCGGGGUUCAACUACAAAAAGCAACGGACGCCGGCGUGGUGCGAUCGCGUCCUCUGGAAGACCGCGGAGGGGUUCAGCGCGAGGCAGACGACGCUGUACGCCGCCGGGAAGAUCGGCAGCUCGGACCACAAGCCGGUCGCGGCCGGUCUGAGCCUCGAGACGGUCGCGCACCCGAACGUCGUGCACUUUGAAGACGUCGAGGACUUUGGCGAAGGCAGCGGCGCGGCGGCGCCCGCCGCCGCCGCCGCCGCCGCGACCACCGCGGGCGUCGAGCUCGAGGUGGACGACGACGAGCCGCCGACGCCGAAACCAGGGGUCAAGCGCGUCGGGUACGCCACGCAGCAGCCGCUGGGGACGUCGCGACGGAGCUCCCCGGGUCUCCUCGCGCGUCUGUUCCCGUGCGUGUGCGGCCCGAACGCCGACUUGAACUACGACGACUGCGAGUACGAGCUCGCGUUCGAAUCCCUCUCCGGCCACGACCUGAAGUCCGCGGACGUGACCGGGAAAUCCGACCCGUACGUCGUCUUCUCCGCGGACGCGCUCGCGCGCGCGCCGACGACGAAGACGAACGCGAACGCGCGAUGGAAGACGUCGACGGUGAAGUCGACGUUGAACCCGACGUGGAAAAAAGAGGACGUUCCCGCGUUGCCUCUUCUCGUGUCCGACGGUCGCGUCCUCCGCCGCGAGCAUCUCAUGUUCCGCGUCAUGGACUACGACGCCACGAGCGCGGACGACGCGAUCGGGUACGGGCGGAUGUAUUUGGGGCCGCUCGGGGACGCGCUCGCGGAGGGGAAGACGGAGGCGGCGGUCGAGCUCGCCGUGCCGUUGACGCUUCACGGCAGACGCGCGGGCGAGCUGCGGGGGAAGGUGCUCGUUCGGAAGCGUAAGUAA